AUGCUGCAUGCACCGGAGGCGUCGACGCCCGCGGCGACGAUCACUACACUCGACGCGAAAUUGACCGAUGCCGAUAGAGCUGCGCCGGCGCAGUUCUUCCACGAUCAUCACCUCACCUCCGAGACCCUGCCCUACUGGCUGGUGAAUGUACCUCAGUCGCAAUGGCCGGCCGAAUGCCCCAGCUUUCUACGCGAUCAACCCGAGAAGAACAUCAACUGUCUAUCAACACCGGACCAAGAGUAUCGGCGACAGGACUGGAAGUUGUGUGCUGACCAGGGUGCCUCUCCCGCAGAGACGAACCGCAUCGAUCGAUUUCAACGUGUCCCCAGCGACCUGCGCAAAUACCUGGAAUACACGGCCCAUAUCAAAGCCGAAUAUGGAUCCGUCAUGCGAUUCGUGGUCAAGGAGAGACUGGGCUGGGGCAAUGGUGAUUCUCAGGACCUGAAACCCCUGGGACGCCCAUUCGAGUUUGACGACGACAUUCGUAUCCUUUACAACGACUGGCCCUAUGGUAUCGACACGAACAUCAUUCACCUGGUGGUCUGGACCAAGUUCGAGCUCGCAGAUGACCCAGCCACGGGAGAACUGACGGCCGAGGCGUGGGCAGCCAUUGAGGCGUAUGUGCAGCAGACCUUCUGUUCACGCGUGGCGCCCAAAGACGUCGUGUGGUUCAAGAACUGGAAGUCGCUCAAGUCAGUGCAUGCGGUCGAACACUUCCACGUCAUGCUCCAUCGGCCAGAUAUGGCAUUCGUGCGGGAGAGAUCACCAACGGCGACGUUCCACUAA